AGGAGAUCCCUUCCAACUCCUCUGGCUCUCGGCUCCCCCUCAAUGGAGAGCGCCAAAGGCUGCGAAAAGAACCAGGAAAUCCGGUGCGCGGAGGGAGGCGCUGAGCGACGCGCUCCCUUCGGGGUGGGAGGAUCUUUUCCCAGAGUCCAGAGAGCAGGAGGAGAUCAACCCCGGGCUUCCUUGCGAUCGGAGUGAACUGCUGCUCGCCUUUGCGCGCAGAGGCGUCGGGCGAGACCCCGGUCACAGGUCAGUGCUGAGAGGCGCUCUGCACACGCUCAGGAACGCCACCCCGUCCGGAUUUGCGGCUUGAUUUCCAGAAAGGAGAGGUGCCGGCAGUGGCGUAGCGUGGGUUGUCAGCACCCGGGGCAAGGCAAGUAAUUUGCGCCCCCUAACCCAUGGAUUUGCGCCCCAUAACCAGUGGAUUUGCGCCCCCAGAUGUUGCGCCCGGUGCGGCCGGCCCCCCCUGCACCCCCCACGCUACGCCACUGGGUGCCGGGGCUCAAGGCUGCCUGGGGAAGGUGGGGUUGGGGGAGAUCCCAUGUCUUCUGUUCCGUACGCUCCCAGAUUUAGCAUGCUAACCCCGGGAUACUGUGGGCUUCGGGGCUUUCGUAUGGGGUCGCCUAAUAAUAAUAAUAAUAAUAUAUUUAUACCCUGCCCAUCUGGCUGGGUUUCCCCAGCCGCUCUGGGCGGCUCCCAACAGAAAAUUAAAAUACAGUAACCUAUUAGACAUUAAAAGCUUCCCUAAACAGGGCUGCCUUCAGAUGUCUUCUAAAAGCCUUCUAUCUGAGAUGCUGGAGUGCUGCUGCCAGUCAGUGUAGGGCAGCCUUCCUCAGUCUGGGGCGGGUGGGAGUUGUGCGCUAAAACGUCCAGGGGGCACCAGGUUGGGGAAGGCCGCUGUAGACACGCCUGAGCCAGAUGAGCCAGUGGUCUGAUUUGGUAUACCCGACGUUUUGCCCAAAGAUGCUACGGCAUCUCAUGGCGUGUGUGUUUGUUCGGUUGGCGAGCUUAGUUCCCCAAUUGUGCUAAUGUAAGAUACACAGAAGGGACUCAGGUGGCGCUGUGGGUUAAACCACAAAGCCUAGGACUUGCUGAUCAGAAGGUCGGCGGUUCGAAUCCCCGCAACUGGAUGAGCUCCCGUUGCUCGGUCCCUACUCCUGCCAACCUAGCGGUUCGAAAGCACGUCAAAGUGCAAGUAGAUAAAUAGGUACCACUCCGGCGGGAAGGUAAACAGCGUUUCCGUGCACUGCUCUGGUUCGCCAGAAGCGGCUUAGUCAUGCUGGCCACAUGACCCGGAAGCUGUACGCUGGCUCCCUCGGCCAAUAAAGCGAGAUGAGCGCCGCAACCCCAGAGUCGUCCGCAACUGGACCUAAUGGUCAGGGAUCCCUUUACCUUUAAGAUACACAAUGGCCCAAGUCUAUUUUAGGGUGCACACACCCCAGUUUCUUCUUUGUAGUGGGACGAAGGCAGCACACCUGAGAGUGUCUUGCGCCCCAAAGUGUAACGGGGGCCAGAACAAUGCCAGGACAUCUUAUUGGGGUCUGGGGAUAUUAUCUGGGGUGGCUCAUAUCCUCUUUUUGAGGAUGUAAAUCCCCAGUUCCUUAUUCCUGAGUUGGUGUAUUGUACCUUGCCUUUUGAGCUUUUGACCAGAGAGAAAGCUGUCCCUGGAAAGUGGCAGUCUCCUAAUUGUUUGUGUGUUUCCUAUCUUGGGGUGCAGGGAUAAGUAAACUUGGAUUCCUUACUCAGUCUGUUCCUUCAAAUUUGCGUCCAAUAAGGGGAUAAGAUUAAUUAAUUAAUUUGGGGUUUAGACACAUCAUACCUGUUCCACAUUUGUGAGAAAUCCAUCUUCCAUUGUGAUGGCAUCUCAGAACUCCUUGCGUAUUUACCACUUGCUAAAAACAUUUUUGUUCAGGCUAGAUAUGUAAAAUGUGGGCAUGUGUUUGAAUCUGGUUUUAGUUUCUCGUGGGUUUUAAUUUCUUUUGAAAAGGUCUAGUUACUAGUUGUUUUGAACUGUUUUUAUUGGUAAAUUUAUCGUUUAAUUCUCUCUAUAUAAAACAAAUAAAUGUUCACAAACUGGAACCAGGGACCAACAUUAACCUUAACAUAGCCAUUCAGAGAACACGUGACUCUUAGAAGAGGUCCCUGCCCCAAAGAGCUUAAAUAGUAAUUAAAAACCCCCACGACGGGAGAGAUAACAAGGAGAAACCAGGAAGGCAUUCUGUGAUGAUCUGACUUACAGGAAACGGGUCACCUGCUCUCCUCCCAGUCAUUAUCUGGUUGGUAAACAUUUUCUAGGCGCUGCAUUCACUUUAAUGGCACCCUCAGCCUAGAUUGGCUUUUCCCAAUGGUUGGACUUCCCCCUGAUUUAAAUUUGGACUCUCCCUUAAUAACCGAAAACCCCGCCCUGUGCUAUCUUUAUGAGUCAGUGUUUCGGUGUGCACUGACCAAUCGUCUCGGAUCCCUGAUACAUACAGAGACAUAAUGGGCACCCUCUUCUCAAGCUGGGCAUUUCUGUUGCGUUCCUGCCUCAGGAGCAGCGGUUCACAUUAUACCUGUUGCUGAGAUGCCACGGGAGAAUUAAUUCCAUGGCAGAGAGCCUUCAAAUGGUUUUCUGUUUGGGUUGGGCAGGCAGAUUUUGUAGAAUCGUAGAGUUGGAAGGGCAUCUAGUAGUCCAACCCCCUACAGUGCAGGGAUCCUGCCUGCAGCUGUCCCUAGGUGAGUUCAAACCAGCAGCCUUCUGGUGAACAGCCAGCGCACUGACUCGUUGCGCCAUGAGAUUCCACAGACAGUAAAAGUAAAGGGACCCCUGACCAUUAGGUCCAGUUGCAGCCGACUCUAGAGUUGCGGCGCUCAUCUUGCUUUACUGGCCGAGGGAGCCUGCGUACAGCUUCCAGGUCAUGUGGCCAGCAAUACUAAGCUGCUUCUGGCGAACCAGAGCAGCGCACGGAAACGCCGUUUACCUUCCCGCCGGAGCAGUACCUAUUUAUCUACUUGCACUUUGACGUGCUUUCGAACUGCUAGGUUGGCAGGAGCAGGGACCGAGCAACGGGAGCUCACCCCGUCGCGGGGAUUCGAACCGCCGACCUUCUGAUCAGCAAGUCCUAGGCUCUGUGGUUUAACCCACAGCGCCACCCGCGUCCCUUCCACAGACAGUAGAGCUACCAUAAAGCGUCCCUUUCUUCCAAGGAUCAGCACCCACGGCUGGGCACCUGCGUUUUGUCUUUGCGGCUCGUCUGGCUCUUGUUGUCCGCUGGCCUCGGUUGCCCUGCAAUAAUCCUGGACUCUCUCUGAACGUCUUCCUCCCCCAGCCUCGGGUUCCUGAGUGCAAAGCAGCAUCAGCAGUUUGCAACGGAGGACAUUAUAAUAGCCCUGUGACUUACCAGACCGGCUUGCAGCGACCCUGCCAAGGUUUGCAGCUGGUCUGAGUUCACUUCUGAAGGAUUUCAGCGGAGAGGAGAUCUUGGUGGGGGUGUCCGGCAUGAGUCGACUGGGGAGGCUGUUUGGCUUCCUGUGCUUGUGGCUGCCUCUCCUGCAGUGCGAAGGGUUCAGCUACACCCAGCCUGAGCAGGUGCACCUGUCCUAUCCAGGUGAGUUUUACGGCUAAGGGGGCUUUGCGCAUCUUUAGUCUCUACCUGUUUGAUGAUGAUGGAGGAUUAAUAUAUUUAUUACCCAACGUCCCAGGACAGGUCACAGCAUUGAAAACAAUAUUAUAAACAAUUUAAAAGAACUUGCAAACAUAAAAUAAGCUAAAACAAACAAACAAAUCUUUCCAGUAGCACUUUAGAGACCAGCUAAGUUUGUUAUUGUUAUGAGCUUUCAUGUGUAUGCACACUUAUUGGUAUGAGCUUUCAUGUGCAUGCACACUUCUUCAGAUACACUGAAACAGAAGUCACCAGACCAUUAUAUAUAGUGAGAGGGUGGGGUUUUAAUUUCUUUUGAAGAGGUCUAGUUACUAGUUGUUUUAAACUGUUUUUAUUGGUAAUUUUAUCGUUUAAUUCUCUCUAUAUAAAACAAAUAAAUGUUCACAAACUAGAACCAGGGACCAAGCAACGGGAGCUCACCCUGUUACGGGGAUUCGAACCGCCAACCUUCUGAUCAGCAAGGCCUAGGCUCUGUGGUUUAAUCCACAGCGCCACCCGUGUCCCUAGUAGCACCUUAGAGACCAACUAAGUUUGUUAUUGGUAUGAGCUUUCGUGUGCAUGCACACUUCAUCAGAUAAUAACAAUAGCAACUUUUGAUUUAUUAAUCACUUUCUCAACCACCAUCUCAAGGAUAUUUACACAUAAGGUAAUUCAGGGCUGGAGUGGCUGGGGUCUGCGUCAGGUGCCUUCGUCACUUCCUGUGCUGUAGCUUAUCAUGGAGAAGAGGGUUUUCGAUGGCUGUUAGUCAUGAUAGCUAUGCUCUGCCUUCACUGGCAGUGGUGAUCCUGUUGCUGGAAGCACCGGGAGUGGGAGAGGGUUCUUGUGCUCAGAUCCUGUUUCCUUCUUUGGAAAAGGCAUCUAGUUCUGAUCUUCUUAACACAGCUGCCCUGUCCCUUCCCGCAGGAGACCCCACCACCAUGAUGGUCACCUGGACCACCUUUGGCCCGGCAGAAUCCAUCGUGGAGUUUGGCCCCGAUCCGGGAGAGGCCUUCACUCGCUCGGCCAGAGGAGACGCCACGCGGUUCGUGGAUGGCGGGAAGCUGAAGCACACCAUGUUCAUCCACAGGGUCACCCUCCAGGGUCUCGUGCCAGGACAACGCUAUGGUAAGGCAUGCCAGCGUUUUGGAGCUGUUUGGCGAGUGCUGCCAGAGACAGAGAGAGAGAGACCUGCUAAGCCUUGACCCUAGCCACCUCUCAGACAAGUCUGAUCCCAGAAAGAGCCACGGCGGAGGCAGGGAUUAGGCCUCAGUGGUGUCCUCCACUGUCUUCCAAGACAGACAAAUGCCACUAUUAUGCGGCGCCAGUAAUGGUGCCAAUUCCACCGUUCAAAGCGAUCUCACAGGUAAAAUGGUGCCAAGUUGUUCAGGGCUUUAUGUGAGGCGUUCCCAAAGUAAAGGAAGGAUUGAACUCUGAUUAAUAAGAAUACACACAGAGGCUUGAACCCGCAAGACUCUGGGAAGGGUGCGUAUAAUAAUCUCUGCGUCUCUCCACCCCUCGGCCCAGGUCGUUUUAUUCACAAAAGAGCUUUUACAGAGUGUUCGUAAGAACCAGUCAGAUUCUUCUGAGCAUUUCAACAAACCCCACGUGGGGACAAAGUUAGAUCAAAAGAAAUUCUUUUAACUACAAAGACUACUCUGAGCAUGCAUACAUAAUCUGAGAGUAAAUAAAUUAGGCUCUCGGUGUUAUUGCGAGAGAUGGUCAGUGCAGUGGAGCAGUCGGAAAAGGAGAUCUGAGUUCAAAUCUCUGCUUUUGUGACAAAGCUCCAGGGGCGACUUUAUGCCUCACCUGCCUCACAGGGUGGUUGUGAAUAAGGCAAAAGUGGACAUGGACCUUCUCCAGCUUAGGGUGGCAGUGUGACUUGCUUUGGAAAGGGCAGUCCUCUAUUUAAAGGCUAGGAGAAGGACCCUAAGUCUCUGCUGCCUUGCGGAACAUCUUCGGGAGAAGAAAAGGCUAAAGAGCAGUGCUGUUUUUCAAGAAAAAAACAGUACUGGAACUCACCACAAAUGCCUCCCCUGUUCUCUUAGAACAGCAAUGGCAUCCACCUGAAAUGUGCCGGAACUGAGUUCUAGUGAGUUCUGGCUGGAAAAAAGCCCUGCUAAGGAGCAAACCAGGUAGCGCUGUGGGUUAAACCACAGAGCCUAGGACUUACCGAUCAGAAGGUCGGCGGUUCGAAUCCCCGCGACGGGGUGAGCUCCCGUUGCUCAGUCCUGGCUCCUGCCAACCUAGCAGUUCGAAAGCACAUCAAAGUGCAAGUAGAUAAAUAGGUACCGCUCUGGCGGGAAGGUAAACGACGUUUCUGUGCGCUGCUCUGGUUCGCCAGAAGCGGCUUAGUCAUGCUGGCCACAUGACCCGGAAGCUGUACGCCGGCUCCCUCGGCCAGUAAAGCGAGAUGAGCGCCACAACCCCAGAGUGGGUCACGACUGGACCUAAUGGUCAGGGGUCCCUUUACCUUUACCUUAAGGAGCAAACCUUACAUGAAUCUGGAUUGGAGUCCCUAAGACGGUUGGAUGGUGCCUUGUACGCCCCCUUCCAGCAAUUCCUGCAGUCAAGUUAUUGCCGGAUCUCUUGUUCUGCUUUCCUUUGGACCACAUCAGUGAGGCUGAGAGCGGCGUCUUGUUGUCUGGGCAGCCCAGGACCUCCAGACACACUGCCCAGGCUUGCGUCUUGGGGAGGUCACUUUGGUGCUGGUAGUGCAGCAGUUUGACUUUACCCCAAGAAGUGCACUCUGUUGUCUCUCCAGACAGAUGAAUGCCAACAACUACAGGGUAGGGGGUGCCGGGGGUGAGUUUGUGGAACCGAGGGGGCGGAGGCCUGAAAAGUAUUUGGAAACUGCUUAGAAGGUGAGAGCCAUCUGUGUACGGAGAUAUCCUGGGCCAGCCUUUGUUGUUGUUUUUUCCCCCAAAUUUUUUUUAUUGAUUUUCCAAAAUGAUAACAAACAUAACAACAAACAAGAAAAACAUUACAAUAUCAAAAAACAAGCAGACAAACAAACAUUUAUCCUGUUACAAUCCCACUUUUGUUAUCAUUGUUGGGUGACUUCCUCAAAUCCCCCUAGCUGAGUUUCCAUAUAGCUCAUUGUAGCAGUCUUCCAACACUAUUUCCAUAUAAGAUUUACUUGUUCAAUUAACAUCUUUCUUUCUUUUCAUUUUGACUUCUGUCCAUAAUAUUAUGCAUUUGACAUAAUUAAAUCCUAGGCCAAUCUGUUACAAAUAUUUCUAUUUAAGUUAUCUUAAUGUAUUUAGCUAAAUAGUCUUUUAAUUUCUUCCGUUCCUCCUGGUGCUCCUCCUCCUCCUGGUCACGGUCUCUUCCGGUCAGGUCAGCUAGCUCCCAAAAGUCCAUCAUUGGGCCAGCCUUUGUCAACCCGGUGCAGAUGUUCUGAAGUACGACUCCCAUCAACCCAGGGCACCAGGUUGGCAAAGGGUGUCCAAGGUCAACUCGGGUUGCUUGCAGGCGGGGUGGGAAGGGAGUCCUGCUGUCUCCCACAUCACCAAUGGGCACAUUUCAUUUGGGGGCAGGAAAUGAAUGAGAUUUCAAGCGCAGCCUGUAUAUCCCACCUGGGAAAUUAUCCUGGGAGCUGAUCUCUCCUGUUCUCCUUUGCAGCCUACCGCUGUGGAAGUGAACAGGGCUGGAGCAGGUCCUCUGGUUUCUGGGCCUUGCUGAACGGCACCGACUGGAGCCCCCGCUUCGCCGUCUUUGGGGACAUGGGCCUGGAGAACCCCCAGUCCUUGCCUCGACUGCAGCAGGAGGCCGAGAUGGGCUUGUUUGAUGUGGUGCUGCACGUAGGUACGAUCAGAGAGGGACUAAUCCCGUCUGAGGAUUUAUCUUGGGGGGGGGGUGCGAAGCCAGCUCUCUCUAUGACCCCCUUCCUGAUUUGGAGGAGACGACCAGCAUUUGUACUUCUUAAAAAUAAAGAAGUCCCCUUUUGUCCCCUGCAAAUAGCCCUUACCCUGUUUGACUCCGAUCUGGUUUCCUUCCACAGGGGAUUUCGCCUACGACUUGGACACGGUAAGAACUACUUAACUGUAGAAUUGGGAGGGAUCCAAAAGGCCAUCUAGUUCACCCCCCCUCCAUUGCAAUGCAGGAAUCACAGCUAAAGAGGACUUGCUACCUUUGGGAUUGCAAAUGGGUGGUUUAAAAAAUGUUAUUUGUGUUGUUUACUUAGAGCAGUUGAAUCCUGGUCAAAAAGGCUCCCAGCGUGGCUCACAUAGCACCAAAGCAAGACAGUCCCUAUCCACAGGCUUACAAUAAUAAAGAAAGUAGUAAUAAUAAUAUGACAUGCAAGGGGAAAGGGAUGGGGAGGGAAGAGGAAAAAACAAAACCCAGCCAUCGAUUCUUAAGCAGUUGUUGUGUAAUGGCAGAGCUGGCCUGCCCCCACAGAGCUGAUAGAGCGAGUUCUGCUUCUCACUGCUGGAAUUGCUGCCCUCAGCUGCCCUCAUGCCGGCACCUGUGGAGUAACCACAUCAGCCUGGCUGAUGCCAAAGUCUGUGUGCUCCUCUGAGCUUAUGAGAAGUAAAAAUCCUCUGCCAAGGCAACUCCACGUGAAGCAGAUUUGCACAAGUUUUUUCAGCUUGCGUUUGGCUUCCCUGUUUUGCAUGACGAGGCUUACGUUGGCGUGUCAACAUCAGACCUCAAUUCUGUCUAGACUGGACUGUUGUGACACGCUGGAAACUUCGUGGAAACAUACAGGGGUGUGGAGCGUUGGUGUUGAGUCCUUGUGGGUAGCUCUGUCUGUGCUUUGGGGAGCCAGACCCUUCCCCUCACCCCAAGCUUGCUUUUCCCUGUCUUGCAGAACAAUGCCUACGUUGGAGAUGCCUUCAUGAGGAAGAUUGAGCCUGUGGCCGCUUUGGUGCCGUACAUGACUUGCCCUGGGAAUCACGAAGAAAAAUAGUGAGUAGAAACCGGCUAACUGAGAAUAAACUGGUUUUAGCAGGCGCUUAAAAGAGUACAGUGGUACCUCGAGUUAAGUACUCAAUUCGUUCUGGAGGUCCGUUCUUAACCUAAAACUGUUCUUAACCACUUUAGCUAAUGGGGCCUCCCGCUGCCACCACAUGAUUUCUGUUCUCAUCCUGAAGCAAAGUUCUUAACCUGAAGCACUAUUUCUGGGUUAGCGGAGUCUGUAACCUGAAGCGUAUGUAACCUGAAGUGUAUCUAACCCAAGGUACCACUGUACAUUGAAGGCACAUUCUGGAUGUCAGAAGGCAGGGCACUUCAAAGAUUGAGUUCUUACAGGUGUGGAACAGGUGCAUCAGGAAGAUUUUGGGCAUCACAUGGCAGGACAGAGUCUCAAACAAAGAUGUGCUCCCCCAAGUCCACAUUCCCACCAAGCAUGUCUGCACUCCUGCCUCAGUGACGUCUACGCUGGCUUGACCAUUUCCACAGAAUCGAAGAUGGCAGGAGCCCCAGGGAUGUGCUCUUUGGGGAGUUGGCUUCCGGCAUCAGACCAACUUUGAGCUACAAAGAUAAUAAUAAUAAUAAAAAAAUUUAUUUAUACCCCGCCCUCCACAGCCAAGACCGGGCUCAGGGCGGCUAACACCAGGUAUAAAAACAAUUGAUUAAAAUACAGCUUAAAAACUAGAUUAAAGUACGACAUUAAAAUGCAGCCUCAUUUCAGUAGAAACUUUUUGGGGAUGAAAAUGUCAAAUCUUCACCAAGGCCAACUAUCCAGACUGGUCCUACAUGGGCCAGAAAAAAGCCAGGGAAGUCCCCAAAUAGGAGUUCCAUCACAGACGGAGAAAGGAAAGAGGGGGAGGGGAUCAAGUUGAUUCCAAGCCAAAGGCCAGGCGGAACAACUCUGUCUUACAGGCCCUGCGGAAAGAAAUCAGAUCCUGCAGGGCCCUGGUCUCAUGUGACAGAGCGUUCUACCAAGCUGGAACCAGUGUUGAGAAGGCCCUGCCUCUGGUUGAGGCUAAUCGCACUUCCUUAGGGCCUGGGACCUCUAGGGUGCUGCUGUUUAUGGACCUUAAGGUCCUCCGUGGGGCAUUCCGGGAGAGGCGGUCCUGUAGUCUGCCAACAUGACACAAAGGCUGGCAAUGUCAGUCCCGCUAUGUGGGAAUCCCUUGCAAGCGACCACUGUGACUGGAGACAGACGGUCAGGUUGUACAUCCAACAGCAGUGACCAGAAGAGGAAUGACCGCUGGGAGGAGGGCAAAGAGAAGAAACGCCAUGGUGCCCCUUCAGACCCUUUCAUCUGCCCCAGCUGCAGCAAAACAUGUCUCUCCCAUAUUGGCCUCAGCUGCAACUGUCCUAACAGCUUGACCUUGCCCCCAAAGAUGCACUCCUCCGCUGUCUUCCAAGACAGACAAAUGCCACUAUUAUGUGGCACCAGUAAUGGUGCCAAUUCCACCGAUCAAAGCGAUCUCACAGGUAAAAUGGUGCCAAGUUGCUCAGGGCUUUAUGUACAAAUAGCAACCCAGUAUCAAACUGGCAACCGUCACAGAUCCCCGAGCGCAGGAGUUACAUGACGACAGAUGGGUGAGGAUAUAAAUAAUAAAUUUAUUAUUAUUACGUAUAAACUUCAAAAUGGAGGGCAGGGGCUGAGACGUUCCUCUCCCCCCGUGACUUUCUCCCUCGCUUCCUCUUUCAGCAACUUCUCCAACUACCGCUUCCGCUUCAACAUGCCCGGUGACACGGAGAGCCUCUGGUACAGGUGGGUGUCGUCUAGCCCAGGCCAAGCGGCCGGAUUUCCUGCUCGUUGGUGGCCGUCUUGCAAAAUGCCGAAGAGGUGGCUUGUCACUAGAGCCAUCUGGAUAAUGUGUGCCUUUAUGCUGAUUUGCGUAAAAUGCAAGCUUCCUGAAAAAAGGGGCCUGUCGCAGAAGCCACCACCGUUACCUUGAGGGCAUCACUGGCCAUGCCCAGGAGAGCUCAGGGGUUCACGAAGUGAGUGGCAGCGCCCUCUGCAGAAGAGGUGGUAUUCCCCAGGGGUCCCUAAGGGCGGGUGUUUGCUGAAGGUGUAAACGACUCUCAGACUCUGAAAAGCUGGUAUCACGGGACCAAGUUCACCCGUUGGGUGAAUUAAUUAAACUAAAUAGUUUUAAUUGGAUUUUGAUUAAACGGGCAAUUAAUUGUUCCUGGCUUGAAUUUUAUUGUGUCACUAUCUUCCUUAGUGGGUCUUGCAAAGUGCUAUUCUGAACAGUGCUUUUCAUAGAGUAGAGGGCACUGGGGAUGAGUUUAUGGAACUGCAGGGGCAGGGACCCAAAAAAGUUUGAGAACCUCACAGCUUCUCAAUCCUAGAAUUGUAGGAAGGGACCCCUGGGGUCAUCCAGUCCAGCCCCCUGCAAUGCAGGAAUCUCACCUCAAGCAUCGAUGACAGAGGGUCAUCCAACCUCUGCUUUAAAACCUCCAUGGAAGGAGAGUCUAGCAGUUUCCAAGGGAGUCCGUUCCCCUCUCAAACUGCUCUUACUCACAGAAAGUUCUUCCUGAUGUUCAGACGGAAUCUCCCUUCUUGUAACUUGGAGCCAUUGCUUCGGGUCAAUGACUCGAUGCUGGGUAAAUCAGCUGGAAGAAUUUGGAGCGUGUCCCCAGAGCAAUUGGCUGGUUUUAACACAAGCCAAGCUGGGUGCACAGUAGCAUAGAGGAGAGGGGGCUGUGAGCCGCCCAGCCUGGUGCACUCUAGGCAUAGCUGUCAUGCGUCCCUUAUUUGGCGGGACAGUCCCUUAUCCCAGCGCCAUGUCCCGCUGCUGUCCCUUAUUGAUGAUGUCCCUUAAAUAAGCUACUGAAGGUAAUGGGGCCCUUUCUAUGUCCAGCUGUCCUUUGUCAACAACAAAUUGUUGCUGUUUUUUGUGUUGAAUAUAUGCUAUAUGGUAAUUUAUGGACCUAAUAGGUAUCUAAAGCCAUUUGCACGCGACAAAAUAUGUAUUUUAUCAAAGUAAUUGUUGAUUUUGGUUGCUGAUCCCUUAUUUUCGAGGCUGCUGGUCCCUUAUUUUCAAAUCUGUAAGUUGACAGCUAUGAUUCUAGGGCUGGGCCUUGCCAUCUUGAAGUGUGACACUCCUAAUAAUAAUAAUAAUAAUAAUAAUAAUAGUUUAUUAUUUAUACCCCGCCCAUCUGACUGGGUUUCCCCAGCCACUGGGCAGCUCCCAACAGAAUAUUAAAAACACGAUAAAACAUCAAACAUUAAAAACUUCCCUAAGCAGGGCUGCCUUCAGAUGUCUUCUAAACAUUAGGUACAGUGGUACCUCGGGUUACAGACGCUUCGGGUUACGUGUUUUCAGGUUGUGGACCGCGGGAAACCCGGAAGUACCGGAAAGGGUUAAUUCUGGGUUUCGCCACUUGUGCAUGCGCAGAAGCGACGCUGCAGGUUAUGAACGCUGCGGGUUGUGGAUGUGCCUCCAUCGUGGAUUACAUCCGCAACCUGAGGUUCCACUGUAGUUGUUUAAUUCCUUGACCUCUGACGGGAGGGCGUUCCACAGGGCGGGCGCCACCACUGAGAAGGCCCUGUGCCUGGUUCCCUGUAACUUCACUUUUCGCAGCGAGGGAACCACCAGAAGGCCCUCGGAGCUGGAUCUCAGUGUCUGGGCUGAACGAUGGGGGUGGAGACGCUCCUUCAAAUAUACAGGGUCCAUAUUCCUAACUUCCUGUGUAGAGGCAAUUAUUUUCAGGGGGAAGCAUUCACCUCUCUCUCCCCGCCCCCACCAUAGCCUGAAGUGGUACAGUUCAUGAAAAAAGCCCUAAAAUACAGUGAUGCAUCAGACAUUAAAAGCUUCCCUAAACAGGGCUGCCUUCAGAUGUCUUCUAAAAGUCUGGUAGUUGUUCUUCUCUUUGACAUCUGGUGGGAGGGCGUUCCACAGGGCGGGUGCCACUACCGAGAAGGCCCUCUGCCUGGUUCCCUGUAACUUGGGUUCUUGUAGGGAGGGAGCCGCCAGAAGGCCCUCAGCGCUGGACCUCAGUGUCCGGGCUGACCAAUGGGGGUGGAGACGCUCCUUUGGGUAUACUGGGCCUUUGAGGCUGUUUAGGGCUUUAAAGGUCAGCACCAACACUUUGAAUUGUGCUCGGAAACGUACUGGGAGCCAAUGUAGGUCUUUCAGGACCGGUGUUAUGGGGUCUCAGCGGCUGCUCCCAGUCAUUCCUUACAGAGUGAGGCUUGUUGCUCUUCCCUGGGGUCCCCUGACUGCUCAUCUUUUCCCCUCAGCUGGGACAUUGGACCUGCCCACAUCAUUUCCUUCUCCACUGAGGUCUACUUCUUCUUGAAAUAUGGACAGCAGCUCGUGGCAGAGCAAUUUCAGUGGCUGGAGAAGGACCUGCAGGUGAGGAGCAGACCCUUGUUUUUGAGGGGGUGAGGGGGGAAGGGGGAAAGUGGCAGCUUGCCUCUGGGAAGGUUGGCGUCCCCCACUCACUGCUGACGGCUGCCUUUCCCUCUCUGGCAGGAGGCGAACCAGCCUGAACGGCGCAAGGAACGCCCCUGGAUCAUUACCAUGGGGCACCGGCCCAUGUACUGCUCCAACAACGACCAGGAUGACUGUACGCUGUACGAGAGCAUUGUAAGUGAGAGGAAGGAAUCAGAGAAUCGUAGGUGUAGAAUGGACACCAAGGGUCAUCUAGUCCAACCCCAGGCAAUGCAGGAAUCCCUGGCAGAUGGCUACGCAACUUCUGCUAACACUCUCUAACCAAGGAGAGUCCCUUCCACCUUCUGAGGGACUCCUUUCCACUGUCAAACAGCUCUUACUGCCAGGAAGUUCUUCCUAAAGUUUAAUGCAAAUCUUCUUGCUUGUCAUUUGAAUCCGUUGGUUCGAGUCCUACCCUCUGGAGUAGCAGAAAACAAGCUGACUCCCUCUUCCUUGUGACAGCCCUUCAGAUCUUCUUCUCUGGCGAUCCCUCGUAGCCGAGUAAGAUUGUCUUCCAUAAACACGGCCUUAACAGUGAGUCCAUAAGUGAUUGUGGAGGCCAGUUCUGGAUCCACACGUCCUUCCACAGUGGGGACAUUGGUUUCCUGGUGGGAGUUGAUCCCGGUGUGGAUUUGCCAAGCGUGCCUUCCUCUUAGCACGUUUCUCCCUUGCGUCCUGAGUUCGAGUGUCUUCAAAGCCCAGGACACCUUUGGUAAAGGCUGAUCUCCAACUGGAGCGCUCACAGGCCAAUGUUUCCCAAUUGUUGGUGCUUAUACUACAUUUUUUAGAUUUGCCUUGAGAGCGUCUUUAAACCUCUUUUGUUGACCACCAGCAUUACGUUUUCCAUUUUUAAGUUUGGAAUAGAGUAGAUGCUUUGGAAGACGAUCAUCAGGCAUCCGCACAACAUGACCAGUCCAACAAAGUUGAUGUUGAAAAAUCAUUGCUUCAACACCGGUGAUCUUUGCUUCUUCCAGUACACUGGCAUUAGUUCACCUGUCUUCCCAACCGAUGUGUAAAAUUUUUCGGAGACACCGUUGAUGGAAUCUUUUGAGGAGUUGGUCUCCUCUUCUCCAGGCUAAACAUACCCAGCUCCUUCAACCGUUCCUGGUUUGGUUUCCAGACCCUUGAUCAUCUUGGUCGCCCUCCUCUGCAAACCUUCCAGCUUGUCAAUAUCCUCCUUAAACAGGGGGGUUUAUGCCAUGUCCCAUAGGCUGUACCGAUUCACAGAGCAUACAGUGUAGAAAAAGGGCUUUUCAUGCUUGGCACAACUAAUUCCAUUUGACCCAGAUACUAGGAAAAGGCAGGAGGCUGUGGAAGGAAGGAAGCCCCUUCCGCUCCUAAGAUUUUACUAGGCAUUAGUUCCCAUACUGUCAAGCCUAUCUUUGCCACCGUGAGGGCUAGAAAUUUGUUUUUUGGCUUAUUAAAAUGAGACCUCAGAUUUUUUGGAAGAUGGGUUCUCCGCUCAGUACCACAUCCUGUCUACUGCAGAACUGAGGUGGGGAUGUAUUCUACUAGUAGUAGUAGUAAUUAUAAUAAUAAUAAUAAUAAUUUUUAUUUAUACCCCGCCCUCCCAAGCCAGAGCUGGGCUCAGGGCGGCUAACACCAAUAAAAUCCCAGUAAAAACAUAAUAGGGGGGAAAGAAAAAGAAAAAAACCCAAUUUAAAAUACAGGUUAAAAUGCAAUUUAAAGUGCUCGCUUCGGCAGCACAUAUACUAAAAUAAAAUGCAAUUUAAAAUGCAGCCUCAUUUAAAAGUAGCUGAUAAAUCAAGACCAUAAGGGGAGGUAAACAUAAGGGUCAGACUGAGUCCAAACCAAAGGCCAGGCGGAACAACUCUGUCUUGCAGGCCCUGCGGAAAGAUGUCAAGUCCCGCAGGGCCCUGGUCUCUUGGGACAGAGCGUUCCACCAAGUCGGGGCCAGUACUGAAAAGGCCCUGGCCCUAGUUGAGGCCAAUCUAACCACCUUGCGACUUGGGACCUCCAAAAUGUUAUUUGUGGACCUUAAGGUCCUCUGCGGGGCAUACUGGGAGAGGCAGUCCCGUAGGUAUGAGGGUCCUAGGCCGCAUAGGGCUUUAAAGGUCAAAACCAGCACCUUCAACCUGACCCUGUACUCCACCAGGAGCCAGUGCAGCUAGUAAAGCACUGGAUGAAUGUGAUCCCGCGGCCAGGACCCCAUAAGGAGCCUCACCGCGGCAUUCUGCACCCGCUGGAGUUUUUGGGCCACCUUCAAGGGCAGCCCCGCGUAGAGCAAGUUACAAUAAUCAAGCAGUUAUUAUACAAUAAUCCCUAAGAACCUGGGAAGAGCCUACUGGAUCAGGCCAGUAGCCCAUCUAGUUCCCAUAGGGGAAUGCCUGUGGGAAACCAGCGAGUAGAACGUGAACACAAGAGUGACUCCCUAGAAGCAGGCGUUCAGAAGCGUUGCUGCCUCAGAUUGUGGAGGACGGACCAUAGCCAUUGUGGUAGGAGCCACUGAAAGCAUUCUCCUCCAUGAAUUUGUCUUAUCCCUGUCGAGGUCGGUGGCCAUUGCUGCCUCCUGUGGCAGGGAGUUCCACAGUGUUAUAGGGAAAAAACUGCUCCCUUAUGGGGUAUUCCAGGGCCUGUAUAGAGUCCUUAAGUGGGUUACCUAUCGGUAGGAGAAAAUAACAGAGGCCAACCAGAGUACGUUGAGUAGCAAAGCGGCUAAUAAGCCUGGUCUUUAUUCAAGGAACUGUUGCAACAGGGUCCCCACUCACUCCCCCCCGCAAAAAACAUACAUACAGUGGUACCUCGGGUUACAUACGCUUCAGGUUACAUACACUUCAGGUUACAGACUCCGCUAACCCAGAAAUAGUACCUCGGGUUAAGAACUUUGCUUCAGGUUGAGAACAGAAAUCGUGUUCCGGCGGCGCGGCAGCAGCGGGAGGCCCCAUUAGCUAAAGUGGUGCUUCAGGUUAAGAACAGUUUCAGGUUAAGAAUGGACCUCCAGAACGAAUUAAAUACCACUGUACAUCACAGAAGAAGGCAGUCUACCUGAUAAUGGUCACUGAUUGCAUUACAUGGGCAGUCUGGCCAUUCUUUUGUGAGGGUAAAUACUUUAGUUCCUGAAUGCUGGUCACAGGCUCACCCUAUUCAUCCACAAAUACUCCCUUAAGACAGGAUUUGCAAGCAAAAAGACAAUGGGAAGACUUUCCCCACUUGCCUCCCUUCUUGCAGAGGAAUAUCUGAUGUCAUUGGGAGAGUCAAAAUGGCUUCAGGAUUGCUCUCCUGUGCUAGUUGAGACACGUGGUUCAUAUAUUUAGAUAGGUGUUCAUUUAUGAAUAUUUAUUCUAUAUUUGAGACCUUAAAAUUCUUAUAACAGCAGUUUUAACUACGCGCUGCGUGAAGAAAGGCUUUCUUUCAUCUGCCCUGAAUCUCCCAACAUCCGGUUUCGUUGGAGGUCCAUUAGAGGGAGGCAAACUUUUUAUCUGCUUUCUGCACGACAUGCAUAAUUUUUAAAAUUUCUAUCGUUUCGCCUCUGACUCGCCUUUUCUCUAAACUAAAAAGUCCCAAACAUUGCAACCUUCUUUGACAGGGGAGUCUUGAGUAAGUAAUAAUAAAUAAUAAUAAUAAUAAUAAUAAUAAUAAUAAUAAUUUAUUAUUUAUACCCCGCCCAUCUGGCUGAGUUUCCCCAGCCACCCUGGGCGGCUCCCAAUCAAGUAUUAAAAACAAUACAGCGUUAAAUAUUAAAAACUUCCCUGAACAGAGCUGCCUUCAGAUGUCUUUUAAAGAUAGGAUAGCUACUUAUUUCCUUGACAUCUGGUGGGAGGGUGUUCCACAGGGUGGGUGCCACCACCAAGAAGGCCCUGUGUCUGGUUCCCUGUAACCUCACUUCUCGCAGCGAGGGAACCGCCAGAAGGCCCUCGGCGCUGGAUCUCAGUGUCCGGGCUGAACGAUGGGGGUAGUGGGCUGGCAUGGAUUAAUCUGUUCUCUCUCUCUCUCUCCCUCUCUCCUUUCCCCCCACCUCAACUUCCCAGAUCCGCCGAGGCCUUGACCCACAGCAGUUUGGCUUGGAGGACCUGUUCUACAAAUACGGUAGGUAUUCUCCUCCGCCUUCCCUGCCCGCACCUCCAUUCUGGCUAUCAGAUCUGUUGAGAUUAUUAUACAUUAAACCAAAGCUAGCAUAAAUCAGCCCCGAAGAACUCCAACAGUGACACAGACCUCUGUCUUCUCACGGGAGACAAUAUUAACCUUUAUAGCUUAAAGUUCUCUUCUCCAAACAGCCAGGCUCAUGAUAGCUUGAUCCUGGAAUAAUAAUAAUAAUAAUAAUAAUACUAAUAAUUUAUUAUUUGUACCCCGCCCAUCUGGCUGUGUUUCCCCAGCCACUCUGGGCGGCUUCCACUGAGACCAAAAAUACAUUAAAAUAUCACACAUUAAAAACUUCCCUGAACAGGGCUGCCUUAAGAUGUCUUCUGAAUGUCAGGUAGUUGUUUAUAGCUUUGACAUCUGGUGGGAGGGCGUUCCACAGGGAGGGAGCUACUACUGAGAAGGCCCUCUGCCUGGUUCCCUGUAACUUGGCUUCUCGCAAUGAGGGAACUGCCAGAAGGCCCUCGGCACUGGACCUCAGCGUCCGGGCAGAACGAUGGGGGUGGAGACGCUCCUUCAGGUAUACUGGACCGAAGCCGUUUAGGGCUUUAAAGGUCAGCACCAACACUUUGAAUUGUGCUUGGAAACGUACUGGGAACCAGUGUAGGUCUUUCAAGACCUGUGUUAUGUGGUCUCGGCAGCCGCUGACAGUCACCAGUCUAGCUGCCGCAUUCUGGAUUGGUUGUAGUUUCCGGGUCACCUUCAAAGGGAGCCCCACGUAGAGCACAUUGCAGUAGUCCAAGCGGGAGAUAACCAGAGCAUGCACCACUCUGGCGAGGCAGUCCGCAGGCAGGUAGGGUCUCAUCCUGCGUGCCAGAUGCAGCUGGUAGACAGCUGCCCUGGACACAGAACUGACCUGCGCCUCCAUGGACAGCUGUGAGUCCAAAAUUACUCCCAGGCUGGAAGAACUUGGAGGGGAGCUUCUCUGACAAACUGGUGCAACCAAGCAGGGCAAAGGGCACUUGUGGAACAAUCAAACAAUAAAAUAACAUAAAAUUGGGACGAUCAAACAGGAAAUUAAAUUGGCACCAGCUCCAAAGCAUACUCUUUUGCAACUGAAUGAUGCGGCUUUGUUAUGUACACGGCUAAGAACAAUAAAAUAGAGGGCUCCCCUCACAUUAUAAAAACUGUUUUUAUAAUUUAAACAGUUUAUCGCCUUCUACACAGAUUAGAAUUAACUUUUUUUUUGCAUGUAUUGCCUAAGGACCAGCUCCUGGUCUAGGGUGGUAUAGUCAAUGAUUAUUAUUUUAUUAUCGUUUUUAUUAAGUUUUUCUAAUUUACAUUUCAAGAUAAUCAUUCAGACCACCUUAAAUCAGUGGCUUCUCUUCUUCUCUUUCCAUGGUUCAUUUUGCAUACUCUGCAUCCCUGAAUAUUUUACGUGAACUAAAGCAUUCCAUAAUCCAUUGUUAUACCAUCAAAACAUAUUUAUACUGUUUAUCUUAAUGCUACCAGUGUUUUUAAAUGUACACAAAUAAUUUGGAAUGUACACAAAUAAUUUAAAUUUCACCCAAAUAAUCAGUAAACAUUUUCCAGUCUUCUUUAAAUGUAUAUUCUUCUAUAUGUUAAAUCUCUGAGGUGUGCCUAUUCCACCAAUUUAAGUUGCCAUUCUUCCUUGUUUGGGACCUCGCUCAUUUUCUUUUUGGGGCUCGCAAAACACGGGCUGCAGUAGUAGCAUACAUAAUGAUUAUGUAUGAUUAGCAUACAUAAUCUUUUUUGACACCUGGGAAUUUCUGAUUAAAUUAUCCCCAACAAAAAGGACUCUGGCUUUUUUGGAAAGCCACUUUCAAACGCGGGAUGCGGGUGGCGCUGUGGGUUAAACCACAGAGCCUAGGACUCGCUGAUCGGAAGGUUAGCGGUUCGAAUCCCUGCGAUGGGGUGAGCUCCCGUUGCUCGGUCCCUGCUCCUGCCAACCUAGCAAUUCGAAAGCACGUCAAAGUGGAAGUAGAUAAAUAGGUACCACUCUGGCGGGAAGGUAAACGGAUUUUCCGUGCGCUGCUCUGGUUCGCCAGAAGCGGCUUAGUCCUGCUGGCCACAUGACCCGGAAGCUGUACGCCGGCUCCCUCGGCCAGUAAAGCGAGAUGAGCGCUGUAACCCCAGAGUCGGUCACGACUGGACCUAAUGGUCAGGGGUCCCUUUACCUUUACCUUACUUUCAAACAUUUUUUCCCAAUUCAUUAUAUAUAUCAUUUUCCAAUAUUCUUUUCCCCGUUUACUACAAGUCCACCACAUAUGAUAAAACUUUACCUCCUUAUUAAUCUGUAUGAUGUUGUAUGUUGAAGAAUUUAAUAGUAAAUACAUAAAUACAAUGGAGCUGGCGACUUUGGGGGAGCAGAGGUUGGGGCAUGGGCUCCUCUGUCUGUCUGGCACCAGCUGCUGUUCUCUGCCUUGGCAAAAGCCUCUUCUUCUCCUCCCUCCAGGGGUUGACUUGGAGCUGUGGGCCCACGAACACUCCUACGAGAGGCUAUGGCCGGUCUACGACUACAAGGUGAUUCCAGGCUUGGCAAAGGGGCAGCGUCAUGUUCAGAAGCAGAGAAGGGCACCCGAGACUUGGGAUAAGGGGGAGAGUCCUUACCGCACAGCAGAAUCUCCACGGUGGGAGAUUCGGAGACCUUGUUGGGUUGGAAUCUGUCGAAUCUGGCUCUCUGCCACGCCUGCUUCAGUGGCUGGGGGCAGCGAGCAUCAUCCCAGAUCAAGCAUCCCCAAACUCAGCUCUCCAGAUGUUUUGGGACUACAACUCCCAUCAUCCCUAGCUAACGUGGAUGAUGGGAAUUGUAGUCCCAAAGCAUCUGGAGUUUGGGGGUGCCCGUCUCAGAGUUUUGCCAGCCAAUCCCGAGCCACAUGAUCUCCUUUUGCAAAAGGGUCCCCUGCUCCGUGGAACUGCCCAUCCUCAGGCAACUGGCCUUGAAGGGGCUGCUGGCAUUCCACAGGCUUGCCAGCAGGAAUUUCACCACUGCUAAAGAGUCCUGCUCUUCUUACUUGAACAAGCCCAAUCUCAUCUGAUCUGGGAAGCUAAGCAGGGUCAGGCCUGGUUAGUGCCUGGAUGGGAUAGGGUGUAGGCUGCUAGGACCUGGGAGACCAGAGUUACUUUGGCCCAGUCAUGGCCUCUCAGCCUAACCUACCUCGCAGGGUCGUUGUGGGGAUUGAAUGAGGAAGGGGGAAGGACCAGGCCCACCACCUUGAGCUCCUUGGAGAAAAAGGUGGGAUAUAUAGGAAAUACAGCAAAUUUAAAGUACUGGAAUGCUCUCCCCAGGGAAGUUUGCCUGGCGCCUUCAUUACACACCUUUAGGCGCCAGGCAAAAACGUUCCUUUUUAACCAGGCCUUUGCUUGAUCUGAUCCUAUACCUUGGAUAGGCAAACUAAGGCCCAGGGGCCGGAUCCGGCCCAAUCGGCUUCUCAAUCCGGCCCGCGGACGGUCGGGAAUCAGCAUGUUUUUACAUGAGUAGAAUGUGUCCUUUUAUUUAAAAUGCAUCUCUGGGUUAUUUGUGGGGCAUAGGAAUUCGUUUAUUUCCUCCCCUUUCAAAAUAUAGUCCGGCCCCCCACAAGGUCUGAGGGACAGUGGACCGGCCCCCUGCUGAAAAAGUUUGCUGACCCCUGUCCUAUACCCUUUUAAAAUGUGGCUCUUUUCCGGGGGGGGGGGGUUAUUGGGUUGCUGUUUUUAUUCUGAUUAAAUAUGUUGUGAUCUUUUCUGUGAGCCGCCAUGAGGCCUCCAGGUAUAGGGUGGAAUAUAAACUAUAAUAAAUAAUAAUAAUAAUAAUAAUAAUAAUAAUAAUAAAAUAACAAUAAUAAUACAGUAAAUGAACAAUCCUCCUCAUCUCUCUUUCUCCUUCAGGUUUGCAAUGGCAGCACUGAGGCCCCUUACACCAAUCCUUGUGCCCCUGUUCAUAUUAUCACUGGAUCAGCUGUAAGUGUGAGGUGUUGGGUGGGCGGGCAGACUUAAUUUUAAAUGGUGUCUUAUGAGCUAAUUACACCGCCCCUCUGAAUAUACAGUGGUGCCUCGCAAGACGAAAAGAAUCCGUUCUGUGAGUCUCUUUGUCUAGCGGUUUUUUCGUCUUGCGAAGCAAGCCCAUUGACGGAUUAGCGGAUUAGCGGCUUUUAGCGGCUUUUAGCGGCUUUUAGCGGCUUUUAGCGGCUUAUCAGCUUAUCGGAUAAGCAGAUAAGCGGCUUAACGGCUUAGAAAAAGGGGGGGAAAGGGAAAAAAACCUGCAGGAACUCGCAAGACAUUUUCGUCUUGCGAAGCAAGCCCAUAGGAGCUUCGUUUUGCGAAGCACCUCCAAAACGGAAAACUCUUUCGUCUAGCGAGUUUUCCGUCUUGCGAGGCAUUCGUCUUGCGGGGCACCACUGUAUACAGAGUUCCUCACAUAUCAGACUGUUUUGCCCAUCUAGCCUAGUGUCAGGGUGCUGUCAGCGGCUCCCGGCUGGCUGCCCAGGAAAGUAUAAGACAAGGAAGAGUUUCUUACAGUCGGUCAGGGAACAGGGGAGGGAGGCAGGGGGAUACAGAGAGCCUCUGACGCUUCUGAGGAGCAGCUCCUUGUCCAGCGGUGGGGAAAGCCACACCUCCAGUGGAGCAGAGGGUAGCCAAGCGAGGGGAGGGCUUGAAGAUGCUACUGAGAGCCCAAGCGCCUCUCCUAGCCCGGCUGGCCAGGAAACAGACACGCCUUUUCCGUCGCCCAGCUUGCGCAGAGGGGUGAAACGUAAGGAGGGGAGGCGGAGAUUUGGGGUGUCUAAGUUCUUUUUUUUAAAAAAAAUAAUAUUUAUUAGAGUUUCAAAGGAAAAAAGAAUCACAUUAAUAAAAAAAAAAUUAACAAUAACAAGGAAAAAUACAAAGUAAGAAAAAAGAAAAAGCAGUUAAAAACAAUUCCAUCUUUUCCUCACUUCUUUUACAUUUACUUGUUUCCUGGACCUCCUCAUACCUCCCUCUUUUGUAUUCCAAUUCAAUUUGUUAAUCCAACAGUUCCUAUCCCUCCUUUUUAAUCCUAAUCCUUAAUCUUGAUAUAUUGUAACAUUAGAUUUUUACACAUUAAAAACCAAUUUUUCCAUAUUCUUUUGUACCUAUAUAGCUAGAAGCCACUUAACUUCAAUCUAACAUCAUUCUAACAUUCAUUAAUUUUACAAUAUUUCUGUAAAUAGUCUUUAAAUUUCUUCCAAUCUUCUUCCACCGACUCUUCUCCCUGGUCACGGAUUCUGCCAGUCAUUUCUGCCAAUUCCAUAUAGUCCAUUAAUUUCAUCUGCCAUUCCUCCAGUGUGGGUAAAUCUUGUGUCUGGGGUGUCUUAAGUUCUUAUGUUGGGGGAGAAACUGGAAGGGGCCACUCCCGGAAUCUGCAGUUGACUAAGACGGACAUGAACUAUGUGGUUCUGCACUGUAAAUAGUUUGCACCAAUAAAACCUGUAAAAGACAGGUCAGAGUCCUGCCUGGUUACUCAUGAGCAACCACCAGCAGCACCUGACACAGUCCUUUCUUAUUUCAGUCUUUGCAGAGAGGCUGUAGAACCCAGCCUCUUGGAUAAUGGCAUUGUCCCAAGUGAAUCUCCACCUCCACCCCAUCUCUUCCCCAUUUGUCAUUCUCUUCGUCUCCUCUAUAGGUGCUGCUAUGUGCUCCCUGUCUUUGAUCUCUUUGCUCUCCUACUUUUAAGGCUCGCCAGGUUCUGGGAGAUGGAGGGCCUGGCAUCCUUUCCGGUGAUAAAGUGUCAGCCAGCUUUUCUGAUCUUAUUUUUAUCUUCUUUCCUUUAUAGCUAAAGGAUAGGCCUUUGGGGAAAUUCCCACCUAAAAAUAAUUCCGUUGCUUCUCAGUAGGGUAACCAAAUCUUUAUAACUGGAUCUAAGGUCCAGAAGAUGUUUCGGAAUGUCCUUGAAUAUCUCCACUUUUGACUGUUGUAUUUCCAAAGUCUUCUGGAAAUGCAGGCUCAGAAUUUUAUCUCUCUCUUCUUUUGUUCGGAGGGUGAUCAAACAGUCUCUCACCCUGUUCUUUCUCCCUCCUUUUCCAAGUCUAAAAGCACUCACUAUCUUGAAACUGUCUUUCCCCAAAUCUGGGUUCCAAAAGUCUAGGAAUUCCUGCGUGAGAAAUUCAAUCAAAUUGUCUUUCUCCACUUCAGGUACAGCCCUGUCCCUUAAAUUCACUUGUUUCUCCUUCAACUCGAUCAUAGACAGAAUUGACUUAUGGUCUUCAAGUUGUUUGUGUAGUGGUGGUAUCUUCUCUUGAACCACUGUAGCUGUAGCAGUAGCAAUUUCUUUAGCCUCUUCGGCUGUCUUACGUGUCGAAGCAGAUUCCUGUAAUAGUUUCUGAAUAGUUUCUGUAUUGGUAUUUACUUUCUGUCCCAAAUUAUUGAUACUUCCCGCAAACCCCUGUUGUAAAUCGAUACUGUCUUCCUCUUCCUCCUUCCUGGAAGGGUCAGAAUGGGGAGGUGGGUCUCCACUCCUCCUCCUCUGCCGAGUCUCUGACACCUAGGGCAAAACAUAAUAUGAGUCUGCUAAUAUGAUCAGGCCGUCGGUGCAUCUUGUGCAUCAUCCCGGGACCAACAAGAUGCUUCAAUGGGAAAUCAGUGAGCACAACAUAAGUACAAAAGCACUCUCCCCUCCUGUGGUUCCCAGCCACUGGUAUUCAGAAGCAUUUCUGCCUCAGGCUGUGGACACAAAGUAUAGCCAUUGUGACUAGUAGUCACCGAUAGCCCUCUGAAUUUGUCCCAUCCUCUUUUAAAGCCAUCCCACUUGGUGGCCAUCGCUGCCUCCUGUGGCAGGGAGUUCCGUAGUUUAACAAUGCAUUGCAUGAAGAAGUAAUUCCUUAAGGUCCAUAAACAGCAGCACCCUAGAGGUCCCGGGCCCUAAGGAAGUGCGAUUAGCCUCAACCAGAGGCAGGGCCUUCUCAACACUGGCCCCGGCCUGGUGGAACGCUCUGUCUCAUGAGACCAGGGCCCUGCAGGAUCUGAUUUCUUUCCGCAGGGCCUGUAAGACAGAGUUAUUCCACCUGGCCUUUGGCUUGGAAUCAGCUUGAUUCCCUCCCCCUCUUUCUUUCUUUUUUCCUUUCUCUUUCUGUGUUGGAACUCCUAUUUGGGGACUUCCCUGGCUUUUUUCUGGCCCACGUAGGACCAGUCUGGAUAGUUGGCCUUGGUGAAGACUUGACGUUUUCAUCCCCAAAAAAGUUUUUGAUUUUAGUUUCUGCUGAAAUGAGGCUGCAUUUUAAUCUUGUUUUUAAGUUGUAUUUUAAUCAAUUGUUUUUACACCUGGUGUUAGCUACCCUGAGCCCGGUCUUGGCUGGGGAGGGCGGGGUAUAAAUUAUUAGUUAUUAUUAUUAUCUGUUUGUCCUGAAACAUUUGGCUUCAUGGGAUGUCCACAAGUUCUAGUGUUAUGAGGGAGAGUCUUGUUUCCUCCCGCCGGUCCCUGGUCUCCAGGAUUUGGGGCAGAGAGCAGCCUUUGUCAUCACCUUCCAUCCAUAGCUGUCAACCGUCCCUUAUUUGGCGGGACGUGUCAGCGUUGCUUGUGUUGUUCACUUGUGUUCCUUUGGUGGUGAGAGAGGUUGGGGUUGGCCUAGGGUGUGAUUGUUUGCUUGUGAUUGGCUGUGGUGAUCUUUGUUUUCGUGUGUGAGUGAGGUGGGUGGGUGUUUUGGAUCAGGGUAGCCAUAUUGAUUUGUAUGCUGUUGGUGGAUUAUUGUCAUUGUCCUGUUGGGCUGUGUAUGUGAUAAAUGGGAGCCAUACCGGGGUGAAGGCGUCUUCUUCUGUUUGUCCCCGUGUCAGUUUCAGUUUAUUAGUUAAUUUUUCUAGUAGGGCUGUUUCCCAUACUAUUUGGUACCAUUGGUCCAUGCUUACCCUGACAGGUCUCUCCAGUGUCUGGUUAUGGUGUUUCUGGCUGCUGAGAGCAGGUGGGUUAUGAGUUCUUUGUGGUGUAAAUGGGCAUUGUUGUCUUGGAAGAUGUUUAGUAGGGCCAAUUCUGGGGUGAUGUCUAUUACUUGCUUAGUUAUUUUACAUAUUGCGACCCCUUAUCCCAGCGCCAUGUCCCGCUGCUGUCCCUUAUUGAUGAUGUCCCUUAAAUUUCCCGGGUUUCAAAGGAAGCAGCUCCUCUCCCUCCCUCCCUGCCGGCCAGGGAGGAGGGAGGCUCCAACUGUGUUGCUUGGCUGCGUUGCUCACCCAAUAAGGAGUCUCAGAACGACUGGGGGGUGGAGCUUGCAUGCCUUGUGCCGAUCAAAUCGGCCGCGUUGCCUGGGGACUCGCCUUUGCUCAGCGCUUCCCAGCGGAGAGGUGACGGUGGUUUCCCUUGCUGCAUCCCCUUUGCUGGGUUUCUGCGCUGUGGGAACCACCGCUUGAGGCUUCGUUGGGCUGCUGGCUGGGCUUUCUGCCUUUGGCUCGGAGGGGCUCAGAAGUUGAACAUACCUGUGCCCCUUGGAAAAUCCCUUAUUCUGGCUGCUGGUCCCUUAUUUUCGAGGCUGCUGGUCCCUUAUUUUCAAAUCUGUAAGUUGACAGCUGUGCUUCCACCUGGUAGCCUUCCAACCGGAUAUGCCACCCGAUUGAAUCUGGGACCUUCUGAAUGCAAUCUAUGGGCUCCAACUUUGACCCACAGUCCCAUUCCUAAGUACUGAAUGGUUCCCUGGUUGUGAUCGCUAUCACAACGCAAGUCGGGCUCUGCAGGUCAGAAAGUGCCACCUUGCUCUCUCCCCCUGUCUGAGCAGUUUCCAGAAACAAAGUGAGGGAAGGGAGAAGGGAAGCCUUGGGACCUGGAAGGUGUUAGGGCAGGAAUUCCUAAAGUGGGCAUCCCCUGUGGGGAGAGGCAGGGGGUACUGGAACGGUAAAUGAUUGCCAAUCUUUGAAAACAUUGUCUCACUGGCUCAAGGUCAUCAGAUUUCUUCAGUUAAUUAAACUAAAUGGUUUUAAUUGGAUUUUUUUUACAUAAUAUUUAUUAUUUUCCAUACAUAAACAUAACAGAAGAAAAAGCCAACAAUAAUAAAGAAAAAAGAAUGAGACAGUAAAAGGAAAAGGAAAAAAAGAACAUAAAACAUAAAAUACAUUAAAUCACCACAUAAGCUAAAACUUAAUUAAUUAAUCAAAAUCCAUCUUCAUAAACAUAUUACUUGACUUCCUCAAAUCUCUUCCAUCUGAGUUUCUUAGUAAUUAUAUAUAGCAGUUUCCAAUAUCAUUAUUUCCUAAAACCACAUCACAGUCAUAAUCAUAUUUCCUAACUUUUCUUAUCGUAUGUUUUCUUAUUUAUUUAUUUAAUCCCAAUUUAAUCCUAGGCCUAAUUGAUUCUUUCAGGGGAUUACAAUAUUUAUUCAAAUAGUCUUUAAAUUUCUUCCAAUCUUCUUGGUAUUCCUCUUCUUUCUGGUCGCGGAUUCUCCCGGUGAGGUCAGCCAGCUCCAUAAACUCCAUCAUCUUCAUCUGCCAUUCGGUUUUAAUUGGAUUUUGAAUAAAUGCGCAAAUAAUAAUUCCUGAUUUGGAUUGCAUUGUGCUAUUUAUUAUCUUCCUUAGUGGGGCAUGCAAACCGCUAUUCUGAAUAAUGCACUUAUAGGGUAGGAGGCACUGGGGAUGAGUUUAUGGAAUCAGGGAGGCCCGAGAAUGUUUGAGAACCCCUGGGCUCUCUGUUCUGCAGCUAGGCCAGCCCUCCCCAACCGGGUGCCCUUCAAAUAUUUUGGACUGCAACUCCUGUCUGGAGGGCACCAGGUUGGCAAAACCAGAAGAAGACAUUAAGCUUCUGAGCGCUGUGGAAAACUCCUCCAAGCUGCCCGGCCUUUGAGCCUCUUCCUUCCUCACCCCACCAGGGAUGCAGAGAGCGACAUGACCCCUUUGUCCCCGACCCACGAGAAUGGAGCGCCGUGCGGAUUGAGGAUUAUGGCUAUACCCACAUGCGGAUCAUGAACAGGACUCACGUUUGGCUGGAACAAGUGUCGGACGACCAGGUAGGCAGCGCUUAAGUCCUGCGACAGAGCAAUGCUGAAUGCAGGGGUUUCCAGCUCAGCUCAGCUGCGGCCUCAGGAACCAUUCAUACCCGCUGGAUCCCCCAUGAGAAGCAGCCUUGGGGGCUCUGAUCCCAUUCCCCUGCUCCAGACACAAAAAAAUUGUUCAAGAAAUGUUUAACGUUUACUAAUGGGGACUCCCAGAUGUGUCUGGCCCCUGCAUUGUUUCCAGUAUCAUAUUGAGAGCCAGGGUGGCGCAAUGGUUAUAGUGAUGGACUAUGACCGGGGAGACCAGGGUUCGAAUCCCCGCUCAGCCACGAAGCUCAUUGGGUGGAACCAUGUGCAUUCCUUGAGCUCCUUGGGAGAACAGGUGGUACAUAGACGUAGUAAUACUAAUAAUAAUAAUGUUUCUGCAAAGCUCUAUACAGUGGUGCCUCGCAAGACGAAAAGAAUCCGUUCCGCGAGUCUCUUCGUCUUGCGGUUUUUUCGUCUUGCAAAGCAAGCCCAUUAGCGGCUUACCGGAUUAGCGCUAUUAGCGGCUUAGCGGGCUUAGCGGGUUUAGCGGAUCAGCUGAUAAGCGACUUAGUGGCUUAAUGGAUCAGCUGUUAAGCAGCUUAGCGGAUCAGCUGAUAAGCGGCUUAGCGAUCAGCUGUUAAGCGGCUUAGCGGCUUAGCGGAUCAGCUGAUAAGCGGCUUAGCGGAUCAGCUGAUAAGCGGCUUAGUGGCUUAAUGGAUCAGCUGUUAAGCGGCUUAGCGGAUCAGCUGAUAAGCGGCUUAGCGAUCAGCUGUUAAGCGGCUUAGCGGAUCAGCUGAUAAGCGGCUUAGCGGAUCAGCUGAUAAGCGGCUUAGUGGCUUAACGGAUCAGCUGUUAAGCGGCUUAGCGGAUCAGCUGAUAAGUGGCUUAGCGGCUUGGGAAAAAGGAGGGGAAAAGGAAAAAAACCCCGCAGGAACUCGCAAGACAUUUCCGUCUUGCGAAGCAAGCCCAUAGGAAAUUCGUUUUGCGAAGCACCUCCGAAACGGAAAACCCUUUCGUCUAGCGGGUUUUCCGUCUUGCGAGGCAUUCGUCUUGUGGGGCACCACUGUAUUUAAACCAGGCGUGCAAACUGCAGCCAGGUUGUACAGCUUUUCCUGGAGGGACCCUAACCCCAAAGACACACACUCUCACUCUCUCUCUCUUUGCUUUUCAGAAUGGGAAGGUCGUGGACGGGAUUUGGCUGAUCAAAGAACUGCACGGCCCUGAAGCCUGGCACUAGCAGGUCCUUGGUGCCCUCCCUGUUCCCUUCCUGGUCUAGAUGGCGUCUGGGGCCUUUGCCUUGUGACAACCAGCUUUCAAUGCAGGAAGAAGAGGAAGCCACCAGAGCCAUCUCCCCCACAAGUCCCAGAAGCAGCAAGAACACCAGAAGAUCACGCGAGGGGAUCAGGCCAACGGCCCAUCUAUUCCAGCACCCUCUUCUUGCCCCAGAGGGAAUCCUGCAAGAUACCCUCCGAGCACAAGAGCACUUCCACCCUUCCUGUGGCUCCCAGCAACUGGAAUUCAGAAAAGUUGCUGCCUCCAGCUGGGAAGGCAGAGCACAGACAUCAUUGUCAUCGAUAGCCCACAGUUUUGUUGGCUCACCCCAUUAGGUUCUACUGUUAUGAAAAAUAGCAAUUUCUCUUUUGGAUUUGAGUUCAGGAAGGUCACCAAGGCAGCUGAGCCAGAGUGGUGUAGUGGUUCAGAGCGGUAGUCUCGUAAUCUGGGGAACCGGGUUCGAUUCUUCGCUCCUCCACAUGCAGCUGCUGGGUGACCUUGGGCUAGUCACACUUCUCUGAAGUCUCUCAGCCCCACUCACCUCACAGAGUGUUUGUUGUGGGGGAGGAAGGGAAAGGAGAAUGUUAGCCGCUUUGAGACUCCUUCGGGUAGUGAUAAAGCGGGAUAUCAAAUCCAAACUCUUCUUCUGUGGGUAGCAGGGCAAGCCAUUAUAAGGGGCGCAGCUUUAUUUUUGCAAAUCUCUCCAGUGAGGGGUCUUAAAAUUAUGCUGUGGGGUGUGAGGAAUUCAAAUCUGCUGUGAUUUCUGUGACUGGACAACAUUUAGGCUGGUUAGUCUACGUUGGAUGAAGGAAGCACAUAAACUGCUUUAGGAAAAGCAAAGAAUUUAAAUUUUACCUUCUGAAAAUAACCAUAAUAAUAAUAGGAAAUUAAUAUAUAACAUAACUGCAAGUACAGUGGUACCUCAGGUUAAGUACUUAAUUCGUUCCGGAGGUCCGUUCUUAACCUGAAACAGUUCUUAACUUGAAGCACCACUUUAGCUAAUGGGGCCUCCCGCUGCUGCUGUACCGCUGGAGUAUGAUUUCUGUUCUCAUCCUGAAGCAAAGUUCUUAACCUGAAGCACUAUUUCUGGGUUAGCAGAGUGUGUAACCUGAAGCGUAUGUAACCUGAGGUACCACUGUACUUGGAAAUCAUUUUGAAUGAUUGCUAUGCAAUUCUGCACACCAUCUGCUUACCAAGCAACACUAAAUAGUAUUAAUUAAACCAAAAUACAUUUGGAGCUCCCAAGCCUGUUCGGGGAGACGGGGGCAUUUGGCAGGCCCUCAGCUGGCUCCAGCCGGCAGCCGGGCGAACUCCGGUUCUCAGAACAGUAUCAAUCAGCAACUCAAGCCUCAGAAACCUUUAGAGACUGAGCACAUUCUAAUCAGCAGAGUGAAUAACUCUUCACAACGGAAGUGGCGGACAGAGGCAUACGUAAGCAUAUUUACAGGCGUUUAUUCAGCAUCAGGACAAAAGAACAACAUGUCUGUUCCCAGCAAGCUGUGCUGGAAUGUAAACAGACAUGUGACAUACAACAGCUCCACACAUCUGUUUAGGUGGAACGGAACAUCAUAAUCCUAACAAAGCCACGUUACAACUUUUUGUUUGUUGUUUAGUCGUUUAGUCGUAUCUGACUCUUCGUGACCCCCUGGACCAGAGCACGCCAGGCACUCCUAUCUCCCACUGCCUCCCGCAGUUUGGUCAAACUCAUGCUGGUAGCUUCGAGAACACUGUCCCACCAUCUCGUCCUCUGUCGUCCCCGUCUCCUUGUGCCCUCCAUCUUUCCCAACAUCAGGGUCUUCUCCAGGGAGUCUUCUCUUCUCAUGAGGUGGCCAAAGUCUUGGAGCCUCAGCUUCAGGAUCUGUCCUUCCAGUGAGCACUCAGGGCUAAUUUCCUUAAUAAUGGAUAGGUUUGAUCUUCUUGCAGUCCAUGGGACUCUCAAGAGUCUCCUCCAACACCAUAAUUCAAAAGCAUCCAUUCUUCGGCGAUCAGCCUUCUUUAUGGUCCAGCUCUCACUUCCAUACAUCACUACUGGGAAAACCAGAGCUUUUACUAUAUGGAUCUUUGUUGGCAACUUUUUAGCACCCCUCAUUUUUGGAAGUUGGAAGUUGAAAAAUGCAAUCCGCCCUACCGUGGGUAGGAUCCUGCUUUGGUGUCUUUCCUGCCUUCUCUGCAUUCUCCUCUUCAGCAAGCACAACCUGGGAUUUUUUCUCCCUUCUUUGGUGCAGUCUUUUCCUUUGCUUGCUCCUCAGCCAACCGCUCUUCCUCUCUGGAAGCACAAGACCUGAGGCAGGUGUUUGAUUCGCAUCUCUACUCAGAACAUGACCGAGCGGAAAGUGAAAGGAAGUCUUGUCACUACACGGAUUUGCAGGUGAAAUUAAUAUUAUUAAAUGGCAGGUUGGGAAUGACGUGCAGCCGCAAGCUUUUUGAAAGACUUAAGAGCCAUGGGAAUUGCUGUCAUCUACGCAAUAAUCUGGUGUGAAUUGUGUUUUCCUGUAGCACAGGACAGAGACAAUCUCGUUUUCCCCCCACGAGAAAGAAAUUACUUGAAUAAAGGUUUGAAAAAAGGGAAGCCCAGAAUACGACAGUUCUUUUUUAAAUUCAGCAACCAGAAACAGUUGCUUGUAUAGAUGACCCUUGGGGGUCCCUUUCAACUCUACAGUUCUUUGAUUCUAUAACUACCUGUUCAAGCCAAGAUAUACUGAAACCUAAGAAGACAGAUCGGUCACCUCUAAAAAGAUGACACACAGGAUGUUCAAAGAAGGCACAAACUAGCCUGUAUUAGUGCAUUUUACCACAGUUUUGACAUCAUCAUCAUAAUUUAUUAUUUGUACCCCACCCAUCUGGCUGCGUUUCCCCAGCCACUCUGGGUGGCUGCCAACAGAAGAUUAAAAAUACAUUAAAACAUCUGUCAUUAAAAACUUCCCUCAACAGGGCUGCCUUCAGAUGUCUUCUAAACAUCAGGUAGUUGUUUAUCUCUUUGACAUCUGAUGGGAGGGUUUUCCACAGGGCGGGUGCCACUACCAAGAAGGCCCUCUGCCUGGUUCCCUGUAACUUGGCUUCUCGCAGGGAGGGAACUGCCAGAAGGCCCUUGGAGCUGGACCUCAGUGUCCAGGCAAAACAAUGGGGGUGGAGACGCUCCUUCAGGUAUACUGGACCGAGGCUAUUUAGGGCUUUAAAGGUCAGCACCAACAUUUAUGCCCGGAAACAUACUGGGAGCCAGUGUAGGUCUUUCAAGACCAGUGUUAUAGGGUCUUGGCGGCCGCUCCCAGUCACCAGUCUAGCUGCUGCAUUCUGGAUUAGUUGCAGUUUCUGGGUCACCUUCAGAGGGAGCCCCACAUAGAGCGCAUGGCAGUAGUCCAAGCGGGAGAUAACCAGAGCAUGCACCACUCUGGCGAGACAGUCUGCAGGCAGGGAGGGUCUCAUCCUGUGUACCAGAUGGAGCUGAUAAACAGCUGCCCUGGCCACUGAAUUGACUUGCGCCUCCAUGGACAGCUGUGAGUCCAAAAUGACUCCCAGGCUGCACACCUACUCCUUCAGAGGCGCAGUUGCCCCAUUCAGGACCAGGGAGUCCCCCACACCUGCCCACCUCAUCCCCCCAAAUGACUACUUUUGUCUUGUCAGGAUUCAACCUCAAUCCGUUAGCUGCUAUCCAUCCUCCAACUGCCUCCAGGCAAUCACACAGGACCUUCACAAAAUUGUAGCAGUGAAAAUCUGGAUUUAGAAAGCAUGGGUCUCAGCGGUUUCCCCCUUGCUGCUCCUUCCCCAGCCUGCAGCUUAGCUCUAAAUCGGAACAAACCCAGCUGCUGUUUGCUCCGAUCAUGAGCGGAUUUUUUGCUGGGGGUGGGGUGGCGCGUGAAGCAGUAGGACAAGUGGAAGUGUGGAUCAGCCCUAAGACACACACACAAUACAGUCUUGAAGGCAUUCUAGAUUUGCAGUGUUGGUAAAAAGCAAAGAUUUUUUUUUGGGGGGGGGAGGCUUCCUGCCUUCAAAUGGCCUCCCCCUGGAUUUACUGCAGCCAGUGGGGCAUGAGAAGGGGAGACGAAGAGGACGGGGUGGGGAGCAAUGGCCUGGUCCCUUGGGGGGCUGGAGUAUUUUUAGCCGGGUAGGUGACGGCAUCUGUUUGACGCUUCCUCCAAGUGGCAUCAGCAGCCUUGAAUCUGUAGUUUUUCUUAAUAUUUAGAUACCAGCUGCUGGGAUUCAGGCCGAGGAAUAGGGAGAGACGUGGCUCAGAUUUUAAAUGCAGCUGGCUGCACCGCCAGGUCCCUGGCUUUCAUUGCUGCUGCUGCUGCUCUUGGCAAUUGUGCUCCCUUCACUCUGAGGGCAACAUUAAAAUACCAAGAUUAAAAACAGUUUAAGACACCUUGCAGAAGUAAGGCAGGUGCUCAAAGCAUACGCCUCAAGUGUCAAAAACUAGGGCAAAGAGGUUUGUCUUCAGCAUUUAGUGGAAGCUGUAUAAUGAAGGGCCACAGCUUAGGGGCCACCACGGAGAAAGACCUCUCCUCAUGGGCCACACAAUAAGUUUCUGGGGGUGGAGGAACUACUAAGAGGGCCCCCUCGGCCCAUCUCAGCACCCGAGAGGGUAUUGGGGUAUUGAUGAAGCAGAACAAUGCCCUGAGGUCCACCGGUAAGUGGUAGAACAUCUACGUACUAUGCAUGCAGAAGGUUCCAGGAUCAAGACUAGGAACGAUCAUUUUUUAAAAAAAAAAUAAUAAUAUUUAUUGAUAAUUUCAAAAUUAC